AAGAUAGCUUCGUGGAGGUAUCCGAUCGGAUUAAACAGCGACGAUGAAUUAGCUUCCUACAGCCACACAAACGGCCGUCAGAUGUGCACAUGAUUUGAUAUUGUCAAUCACGUCUGGGGGUCGGUGUUUAAAAUGAUCAGUGCGUCGCAUUUAAACACGGGUGGUACAGAGCUGCAGAUGUUGUGUUAAGAUAGUGUUCUUUCUCCCGAUAGUGCAAUGAUACUGGACCUCCCAUUCAGCAGAGGACAGGAUGAACCCGGCCUGUCGUUUGUUGCACAGCCAUCUUUUCCCACUGUCAUCUUAUCUUUCAUGAAGCUUUAGAAAAACACUACAGUAGAUGUUAGCGACCGCACCGCGCCUAUUACGGACGUGUUGUUGAGGCGUUUGUGUGUGUGAAGACUGAGAUGUGAGGCCUGUUAUUGCAGCGGUAAUGCACUGGGAGGCUUUUCUGUCACCACUGCCCCGCUUCCACUAGCCCAGUAUGGCACGAUUUAGCCGCGCCAUGGCGUUCGCAGGCGUUCUACCGCGGCCUCCGGGCGUAUCUGUCUGUCUGCCGGUCCGUUGGUGGUGAAACAAUGGGACUUCAGUCCAAUUAUGACAGAAGUUGAAAGGAAGGAAACAACCCCUUCCUUGUUGAGUGCUUUUAUAACAUGACGUAAAAACAGGAAAUCAAUCCACACCCUCGCUAUUUACUUUAUCUUCAUAAAAUGAUUAUUAUUUGAUUUAGCUUAUGGUGCUCACAGCAUUGAAAAUGACAUUUAACAUCAGCAACACUGUCUAGGUCAUAAAUACUGUGACUGUUGUUACAGUUUUUCUUGGUGAGAAAAAUGUUGAUGUGAUGUCUGUGGGUCAUCCAGAGUUACCAGUGCAUUGAUUCCCGAAAGACAAGAUAGUCUGGAAUUUUUUAUGUAAUUUGUACUGACGCAAUGUGUGCAUCGCAACCAAAUUUGCAUUUAUUAUUGACUGUUAUGCAGAAUUGGUUUAUUAUCAUUUAUAAUUCGGGUUUUUGUUAGGCUACUGUCUGACAAAGUGACACUGUCCGUCUGACCGAAUGUCAGUCACUCCUAAUGCACGAACGGUUAGCCUCCCCACCCCCUCCUUCCUCCAGCCAAGCCGAAGGGAAGAGGCCAUCGGCACAGAUUCGCAGGAACGUUCCAGCGGGCGACGUAGAGAAACAGCCAACAGAAAUGAAAAAAAAAAAAAAACCGCCUUAUGCUCCUUCGCGAACAGCAACUUACACCAAACAAAGGGGGCAACCAAACACAAAACCAAGGAGGAGGAGUGAGUUGUAAAGAAUAAGGUCAAACCAGAGACGAAGCUCCAGUAAACACUGGAGCUGUUAUUACCUUAUGGAGAGAGGUGUGAAUCUUUUCUAUUGGACAGUCAGGAUAUGUCUGUAAGGAUGGAAAUGGAUAUCAGUGGAGUGUCCAGGGCACAUGUCUCCAUUCUUCCUGCAGCUGAGAUCAAAGCGACAUUGAAGCCAGAAGCAGAGAGACCUCGCUGUGCCAGCACCCCAUGUUCACCCAUCAGAGGAACUGUUGCAGGAUACCAGAUACUGCACAUGGACUCAAACUAUCUGGUGGGCUUCACCACUGGUGAGGAGCUGCUCAAACUGGCUCACAAGUGGUCAGAAGGCACUCCAGAGAAGGGCUCUGUAUCAGAAGCUGUGUCCAGCUCCAUCCAGAGUGCUGUACCGAAGUCUGCGGACUUGGGCAUCCACCGGUCUUCACGAAUCUUCAAAAGCAAAAGUCGCUACUAUCAACCCUAUGACAUCCCUGCUGCCAAUGGGCGGAGACGGAGGCGUAUGCCCAGUUCGAGUGACACCUUCCUCAGGUCACUGGCCAAUGGGGAGCCUGGGAGGGGACCGCAUGCUCCACUACCCCUAUGUCUGCUUAAAGGAAAGGGGGCCCAGUCCAAGUCUCUGGACUACCUUAAUCUGGACAAAAUAAGUAUCAAAGAAUCAUCAGACACUGAGGUGUUACAGUACCAACUGCAGCACCUCACCCUGCGAGGGGAACGCAUGUUUACCAGAAACAAGACAUGAAAGCACAGUGGAAGGCCUAUUUUAGGUGUCUUUCACCCUUUGGGGUUUUAGGUGCUAUUUCCAUCUUGGUUUCUUUCUACUCAGAUUAUAAACGGUUCUUUAAGAAGACAGUCUGAUAAUCUUGUUAUAUUAUUAACUGAGGGUUUUACCUUGUACUGUACACAUAACGUUGUGAAGAAAAUCCUUAAAUUAGUCCUCACAUUGUAAUGAGGUUGUUGAGGUUAAAAAAUGUGAAUUAUAUAAACUUAGCAAUAACUAGUGAACCUAUUUAUUGACAGUGUUGUGUGUUUGUACUGGUCAGAGAUGCACUGAUAUAUCAGCUACAGCUGAGCAAAGCACAUAUCACAUACUGUAUCAGCUUUAAAAUGCACCAUUGCUAUCAGGCCAAUAAUAGUUUUACAGCUUAUCUGUGAGGAGUUGUGUUAGUGGAAGUUUUGUUUAUUAUUUCAGAUCAUGACACUGCAUACCACUGUCAAAUUAGCAAGAUAUUAUUGAGUAUCUUGCUAAUUUAUUUAUUGCUGUCAGUUAAUAUCAGUCUGUUUUUAAACUUCUUAUUUACCAGAAGAUGGCCAUUUGGAAAAAAACUUAUUGAUACUCCAUUCAAACUCUGUUUACUAAAGGGUAGGUAAAGAUAUGCUUAUUAAAUGAUCUUUAUUAAAUACUCAAAUGCUGUAUGUACAUUUUAAGAGUUAUUUGUUCCUGUAAUCAUUCCCUCUGUCCACAUGGGUGCUUAAGUGAUCCUUCCUUUUUUAAAUAUAUCAGCCACAACAUUAAAACCAGUUACCAGUAUUAAUGUUGUGGCUUAUCGGUGUAUUAAAGGGUUUUAACUGGCAUCUUUGACUUUACUUGAUAGUUAUCAUUAGAGAGGUGUCAGAGAGAGAGAGAGAGAGAGAGAGGGGAGGGAUGACAUGUAACAGAGGAACCCCGGCCAGACUCGAACCAGGGACUUUUCGACUACGUGGUCAGCUCCUUACACCACAAGUUGCCAUGAUACCCAAAACGAUCCGUUCCUGAUGUGACUACACUGCAGUAAGUGGGGGAGAGAAUCCAUUUUCCAGUUUGUCUAACUCAGACUGCUGAGGCUUCAUUUUAGCUUCACUUUAACUUAAGUAUGUAUUUUUUCACAGAACUCUUCCACUUAGUCACACAAGGGUUGAUCACUUCACAGCCAGUAUGGACAGGAUGAAUGGUUAUAGCAAUCAAUAGCUCUUUCAGUUUACAUAUGACAUGUAAAUUGUAUUAAGAGAGACUUGGAAAAAAUCCUUACUAUCAAACACUCACCCCCAUUAGUUUGAAAGUUGGCUGUUGUAGCCUGAUUCCUCACAGAGAAAAGCAGCUUUAGUCAGCUUGAAUUCAUGUUGGUAACAGCAAUAACCUCUUUACAUGGUGGGAGAUAAGAAAACAUCUGUGGAAGCUUCCAAAACCAUUCCUGCAGUAUUGUGCUCUACAUAUGGAGACUGAGAGUUCUCAUGCACAACCCAGACAGAUAGAUCUAUAUAUGAGUGGAGUAUCACUUCAGUCCUUUUUGCACCCGUUCAUUGAUAUUGUUGGCAGAUUUGGUUGGGGAUAUGUUUGCUUUAGAAAACCAUAUUGGUGCAUCUCUAGUUUGUAUAUUGGUUAUGGGUGCACAACAGUAUGUAUAGGUGUGUCUUUUUAAUGAGUGUGUGUGUGAUCCCCUCAAAGCUGGUAAUGGAUGUGUUUCCAAUGCCUCUACUGCAGAAAAAUUGCUUUCUGUACCUGAUUGCACUGUUGGACAUCUAAUGCAGACUCUCUCUGGAACCUCAGUGCACCUUGAUAUUGUCACCACCAUGGCACCAGUUAAGUGUUCACUGCAAUAUUGUACAUAAGCAAGCCAUGUGAACACUUACAGUUCCGUGGAAAAAUCUGUACACCCCUUGAGCUUUUGCACAAUUUGUUGUGUUGCUUUGAAAGGAAAUUGUGAUUUCGUUGUCUCGGAACUUCUGUUUUCUAUCACACUAAAGCAUUAGAAAUUUCCAUUCAUUUUAUGAACGUGUAACAUUCGAAGUUUCUGUGUUGAAUUUUCACGUGAUAAUGGCAUCUUUCAAAUUGUUCUGUUUUAGAAAAUGAAACAAUCUUGAGUAAAA